CUGCGAUGGACCCUGGCAGUUUUAUCGUCACUGCGACGAAACACCCAGUUUGCGAACACACUGCGACAACGACCUGAUACAGACCUCACCACGUGAGCACCACUUCACCCCACCUUCAUCCGGACCUCCACCUUCAAUGAAGACGCGAGUCGCACGCAUCUGGACAGAGCAGCUCCUGUUUGGGAGCUCUCAGGCAACAAGGAGCUCUGUAUCGCGCCCAUCAGCGCCAUUCCUAAGGAGCUUCUUCUCUUCAACACAGCACUCAGCCAGGACUCGAUUACCGCCAAAAAUAUUACAGCACAGCGCGCUGCUGUACUUCCGAUUCCAACGAUCUGCCCUCGUACGCCGCUUCCGCUCCAUCCGCCUCAACAGCAACAAGUCGAAUGGAUCACAUCAUGAUCCAACGCCACACUUAGGCAGCCCUGAGCCAGCGCAAUCACUGUCGCAGAAGCUUAAGGCUCUUUCGAAAGAGUAUGGAUGGGCAGCUUUAGGUGUAUAUCUGGGCUUGUCUGCCCUGGAUUUCCCCUUCUGCUUCCUUGCAGUACGGCUCCUCGGCACAGAUAGGAUAGGGCACUAUGAAGAAGUAGUCAAAGAUGGCUUCUGGAACCUCGUCAGACUAGUUUUUCCAGAUGCGGGCACGACAUCAGCCGAGAAGCACGCACUAGAAGAGACUGCUGAGGCUAGCCUGGACGCUGGUGAGAUAGCAGCUGUAAAAGCACGAAACGGUGGUGAUGCAUCGAUCUGGACACAACUCGGUUUGGCCUACCUUGUUCACAAAUCCCUGAUUUUCUUCAGAGUUCCACUUACUGCUGCCGUCUUGCCGAAAGUUGUCAAGACACUCAGGAAGUGGGGCUACAACAUUGGAAAGAAGAAUCCAAAGACAGACUGAGUCUGGCUCAGUUAUUCUAACUGUUGGACGAAUGUCCAGACAGUCUGUUGCUUUCACCACCGAGCUCGAGACCGGCCAAUCCUCGACUCUUCAUGCAUUAUGACGCUGUAAUCCUCAACACAUGUAAGAUAAGCUUGUAAGAAACGCACCUAUGCCUGCAAGAUACAUUACUGGCAGCCAACUCUGAUUUAAGUCUGUACACAAAUCAUUACGAAGUUUACUGCGAUCACUGAGACCCUGCUUACUCUAAGGGCACCAUAGGCAUAAAAC